GAACCGUCAAAUCAAACAUCAUGCUGAAGUUUGUGACGAAGGCGAUGGAUAUCAAGCUUCGAGGUGAAGCCAAUUUCACGACUACUCUUGAAGAUCCAAUCGAACUCUUGAAACGUAUUGAACGAUUUAUGAAGAAGAGUGCUGAUGCUGAGUAUGAUUUCUUGGAUUUCUGGGAAGCGAAUCAAAAGUUCUUUGCUAUGAAGCAAGGAACAACCGAAAACUUGAUGCAUUUCAAGGAACGAUUAUUGAGACAGGCUGAAGUCAUGCAAGAUCUAUAUGGCGUUGCCUGGUUCCGAAAUUUUGCAGUCAAGACAAAAGCGUAUGCUGCUAUUGCUAGCACCGAUACUACUGCUAAAGACAAGUUCAAGGAUGAUAUCUUUGAAGCAGUUAUUGCAACAGGAUUUCUGUGCAACUGCGAUCAAACGAGAACAGCUCCUCUGAUGCUGGAUCUUCAGACGAACUAUUGCAGGGAAGUGGAUUAUUAUCCAAAGACGGUCAGCAAAGCACAGUGCUUCCAUCGAGACCUUUGGGUCUUUGCCUUGCUGCUGCAGAUUGAUGGUCUUAUAAGACUUACCAAGCAAGUCAUCAGUGUAAAAAUUUGA